UUUUAGAAAAUGGUGGCCGGAAUUUCGGAAUUUGAAAGAUUUUUCCAAAAAUGACUUCUCAAGCGCCUGAAUACGUCAGUUUGCUCAUUCCUAAGGCGAAUGAGAACAAAUUUAUGCUUGUUAAUGCAGAUGCAAAAGGUCUUUGGCUCCCAGUUGCUCAGAGAAAAGAAAAUGAAACCCUGAAAUUUGCGGCCUUGAAAUUGGCUGAAGAGUGUACAGGAGUUAAAGAUGUCGUUUUAAAGGGAGUAAUGAAAACACAUUUUACAAGAAUUCCCAACUCUCCGUCAAUCAUCAUAGCAACAUUUUUAACAGCACCUGUAGAAAACUGUAUUAAGUAUGGUGGUGUGUGGAUGAGUGAACAAGAUGUCGAAAAUCAUCUCGAUCCUAAUAAUCUACCCUGUUUACUUGGAACAGAACCUUUAAAAUUUAUACAGCAAUAUAAAGAUGGUUCAGGAUCGGGUUUAUGGGCUGCGUUAAGUGAAACAUGUGUUGAAUAUGUUGAUAUCUCGACAACAGAAACAUCUCAGAUCUCGUCACACGAAGCUUUGAUUAAAUCGUCUAAACUUGAUAAAAGAGAACAAGGGUUAUUAUUUCGAGAAUUUAUGGAUUGGACGUUUCCAUCACAGGUAAUGAGUCUACCUGUGUUUAAAAGAUAUUUGGUUGCUAAAGGUGCCAAGUUAGAAGAAACUGAGGACAUAUUCAGGGCAUUUGAUUUACACAAGAGAAAAUUUUUAACAUUUAAAGAAGUAUUAUUAGGUUUAGCGGCCAUGGAACCGUCAACCCAACAUGGUGGUAUGCCCGCUGAGAUGAGGUGUAGAUAUAUAUUCAAAUAUUACGAUAAAAAUCUUGAUAAUUUUCUACAGUAUGAAGAGUUUAGGAAAUUAGUAAAAGAUAUCCGUCAAUCGAAGAAUUUACCUCUAACUGAUGACGCUGUCAACGAAGAUGCUAUUGCAUCUGCUCAAAUAUUUGGUGAGAAUGUUAAAGAUCGACUUCCAUUACCAGAUUUUUUAACUGCUGUUGGUCAACUCAAGUUCCGUGGUACAUCUGUUUUAUUUCGACUACCUUAUUCCUGUAUAGAAAAUAUACCUGUAGAACAAUCCGAUAGUAAUAAUAGUAUAAAUAAUCAUACAGACGAUGAACCUCCAACAAAACGAAGUCGACCUAAAUUAAUAGAAUCAAAGAAGAAUCUAACGGACACUGAUGAGAAUCUGUCUGUAUUUAAACAUCCGGCGGUGCCACGCCCAUCUCAUACUGCUAAACAUAAUGCACUACCCAAAUAUGAACUGGCUACACAUACUGUUAAAGUUAGACGAACUGGUACCUUAGCUGAUAUAAUGGCUAUCUGGGAUCUUCAAGGGACGUCUGCUAUAAGUGGAAGCGCUGAUCAUCAUUUAGAGGGAGAUAUAUCCCGAUUUCAACGUAUGCCUUCAAUAGACUCUUUUAACCAGAGAUCUCAGCCUAAUGAAAUGUUAACGGGUUUACGAUAUUUUGAAAGAAAUUUAAAAGGAGAUAAUUCCUCGUUGCCAAAGGAACAAUUUACCUGGGGUCAGGUGGACAUGACAGCUCUGGCCAAAUGUUUACUGACUUUAUGUCGACAAGCUAAAGAUCUGCUCAUGGAAGAACCUAGAUUACUGAAAUUACAGGCACCAACUUACAUUCUCGGUGAUAUCCAUGGUAAUUUUCGUGAUUUGGUGAGUUUUGAGAAAGCCUUAUGGAGAAUGGGUCCGUUAUUAACACCAGCAUCGUUCCUGUUUCUGGGGGAUUACGUUGAUCGUGGGGAUCACGGUGUAGAGGUUGUUGCCUAUCUUCUUGCUCAAAAACUUCUCGCACCUGGUAAAUUUUUCUUAUUACGAGGAAAUCAUGAAUUACGAAAUGUUCAGGAGAUGUUUCAUUUUAAAAGUGAAUGCCUGACUAAAUUUGGUGAAUCAGUUGGUCUACAGAUCUGGGAAUCAAUCAACGAUUGUUUCGAUGCCAUGCCAAUAGCUGCAACAGUUGAUGAUAGGGUAUUUUGUGUUCAUGGGGGUAUUCCUAGUACCAUGAAUCAUGGUGGAUAUAUCGAGGCUAUCAAUAAAGUUCCUGUACCAUUACCUGAUCCAGAAAAACAAAGUUCCAUGGCCUGGGAAAUAUUGUGGAGUGAUCCAGUUAGCCUAGAUCUGAUGACACCCGAGGUAGUAGAUGAUUUACGAGAGAAUCAGGGCUUUGUUUUCAACACGAGGCGAGGAACAGCUAAUUUUUUUAGUUGUGAAGCUUUAUUUGAGUUUUUAGAGAGAAAUGGUUUAUCACACGUCAUCAGAGCACAUGAAGUGCAAGAGGCAGGAUUUCAGGUUCAACAACAAGGUAAAUUACUGACGGUUUUCUCAUCGUCUAAAUAUUGUGGUGGUUGUAACGAGGCUGCGUGUGUUCUAGCAGAUAAUUUUAAACUUCGUAUGAUCCGUAUUGACACUUCAUGAACAUAGUCAAUAUACCAGACCAUACGCAAACUUUUAUACAUCAUUUCAAAUUCAUAGAAGAACGAAGAUCAAGAUGGUAGAAGACAAAGUAUAUCUACUUUAUAGUAAAAAUUAUAUAAAAAUCUAUAGUGCUAUAAUACACGUCACAUAUGGACAUACUCUACGUUUUAUGAUAUUAUUAUUAAAAAGAAAAACUGAAAGAUGUUUUAGAUAAAAAAAACAACAACCAAAUUAUCAUUUUCAAAAUAAGCUGUUAGAAUGAGACAGACAUGAUUUAUAUUAAUAUAUGACACAGUCAUAUGGAAUAUCUUGAUAAAGAUGUCCCCGGAAAUAUAUGACACAGUCGUAUGGAAUAUCUUGAUAAAGAUGUCCCCAGAAAUAAACAUGUAAAUAACUUACAUUCCAUAUAACUGGGUCAUGUGUUAUUUAGUUAUUAAAUGUCACUUAAUGAUAUAUAAAAAUAACUAUAAACUCUGUCAUUUAAUCUAUUCCAAACUAAAAUAUAGUAAAAAUUGAAUCAUUAAUAGGAAUAUCAGUCUAAUAAUGGUUCAUUUACAUUCUGUAUUGGGGGGGUUGGAUGGCCCAAUGGUUAGCACGUGUGCUGUAUCAUACGGUCUGUUAUUAAGUCAACUGGCGGGGUUUCGAUUCCCUGGUUGUACGUGACAAGGAGUAGGGUCGCCUGUCCAACCUCGUGGGUUUCCUCCCCCUGCUAAAGACCCCUACGCGCAAGCGAAUUAUUGAAAUAAAAAAUUGAACCAUGUGUUAGUCCCGAAAUGACCUAGUUUGUGUCGAGUGGACGUUAAACCCCAUUUCUCUCUCUCUCUCUCCAUUCUGUAUUUACAAAGAUCCUAUGAUGAAUUGAAAAUUUCACACUAUUUCGUAUCCUCCGCAGAAUUUAAAUAAGCCAGUGACACCUAUAAAUGUUGAUCACCAUAUCUUUAUGGUCCUCUGUUUAAUCGCACAAAUUCCAACGGUUGUUUUCUUAAUGAAAUAAUUCGAGUAAAUUUUAGUAUUGAUUAAUCAAAGUAAAAUUAUAUAUUGUUCGAAAAAAUUCAAACAACAUAUGGAAUACCAUAUCCCCGCAAAUUCUCGAAACAAUUUGAUACAUUAUAAUAAUUUAUUAUACAACGACAUGAUCUUCAGUUUUCUGUUAGAAAAGUUGACUUAGUUGUUUUGAGUUUUUUCUCAGAAACACAGGUUUUAAGACAAUUAAAAGUAAACCUGUUUGAUUUCAGUUAAACUAAAUAAAUCUAAUCUGAUGUUCCAUUUCAAUUAGUGAAAUGAAAUGGGGUUUAACAUCCUACUUUUCUGCUCCGACUGGGCUAAUAAUGAAGACGAUAUAAGAGUAGGCUGUAGUGCCGCUGCCAGGGCAAAAUGUCUCUCGUAGCACACUAUGGCGUAUGCCCAUCUUCAUUAGCCCAGUUUGGAGUAGGACGUUAAACCACAUUUAAUUUCACCGAGAUGAGAGGUGUAGGUUUAUUAUUGUGUGAGAUGUUUUGGUUUUAUUAAGAGAGAAUAUAUUAUAGAAAUAGAGUAUUUUUUAUUUUGUUAUAGAAUUUUGUUUUGUUUUGAAGAGAUAUUAUUUGUUAUAUGAUAGAAUUAUUGUUAGACCAGUAUUAUUAUUUAUCAUCUAUAUCACAGCCAUCUUCACAAUAUGUUAUACUAUCAUUACACAGUUGACUUUAGCUUUUUGGGGGUAAAAUGUUAUACUACCAUUACAGAGUUGACUGUGUUUGUCAACUACAGCUUUUUCGGGGUAAAAAUGUUUUAAGAUAUAAAAUUUGGUAAGUAAAAAUUGACGUUUUGGGUGUAAAAAAGUUUAAGAUAUAAAAUUUGUGAAGAAAACAUUGACGUUUUUGGGGGUAAAAAGUCUUAAGAUAUAAAUUUGUUAAGAAAACCCAAACAAAUUUGUAGAUGAUAUAAGAGAAUGUUUGGUUGCCUGGAUUCUCUUCCGUGCGGAAUAGUUUUACAAAUCUUGUCGAACACUCGCAUGCUGUUUUGUUUGACUGGUGAACAACAGGUAUUUUUUUAAUCCCAAGAAUUCACACCACCAGACCGAUUCAAAAAUUUAUUUAUCUUGAGUCGAAUUUUAAAAUCUUGAAAAGAUUAAUAAAAGAUAACCUCAUACUGGAAUACCAGUCAUACCUGCCUGAACUUCAGACAGAUCCACCAAUUUCUGUAUCUCGAGUCAUAUUUUAAGAUGUUUAGAAGUCUAAAAGAAAGGACGUAUAUCGUCUUUGAUUGGCAUUCAGUAAUUAAACAUAUUAAUACACGGUACAAUUUUAUGGAUACACAAUUACUGAGUUUAUUACUAAGCGACGUUUCGACGAGGAUACUCACAUCUUUAUCAAGUAAAUGAUACAGGUAUGUGAAUAGUAGGCAAGUAUAUACAGAAUAUGCAACAAAAUAAAAAUCAAAUACAAUUAAAACUUAACACUUAGUAUUAAACUCAGUAAUUGUGUAUCCAUAAAACUCUGUGUUAAAAGAAAGGAGUGUUAAUCUGGAAUAGCAAUGAAAUCGAUCUGAAGUUGUUGAAGUCGGUAAGAACAUACUGUAUAGAUCGUGUUUAAUAAAAAAUGGUGCUGUUUAAAAUAAAGCUCAAUGGAUAUAAAACUGCUGAUACUGUAGAAUGUAGAAUAGUAGAAUUGAUAUAAAUAGUUUUAUAUCCGAUAUUUUGUAAGGCCAGUUAUAUGAAGUUAAUGAGGGUGUACCUACCAUAUACAUAUAUCAAUAUUACAUAUUAAAGGAAAUGGUCCACCUAUUCCAACAAUAAAAAAAAAUGAAGACAAGCUUCUUGAUUUUACUAUUAAACAUGUUUUAUAGGCAGCCCCAUUCAAACUGGGCCGUAAAAACCAAGGUCCUGUGUACAUAUUGGAAUUCGAUAUAAGAGUAGGCCAUAGUGCCGCUGUCCGGACAACAUAUUCCACAUAGCACACUGUAUGGCGUAUGCCCAUCUUCAUUAGCCCAGUCGGAGUAGGACGCUAAACCCUAUUUCAUUUCAAACUUCAUUUAAACUUUCUGGUCACAAGUAGUAAUACGAGAUUUUUAUAUUUCUCGAACACACAUAAUAAAAGAACUGGGGAACCUGUAAAUUUAAAAGUUAAAUCUAGUAGCUGUCAUUAUUAGAAUAUGUGGACGAGUUGUUUCGAUCACUUCCACAACACAGUUGUAUUUAAAUCUGUAUAUAUUCUAGGUAAUUACAACUCCAGUAGUUAAAGAAGCAUUAUGAAAGAUUUAGAUCAAGAGCUGACAAUUCACGCUAUAAUAGUUACAAAAUAGAUAAUGAAAGCACAAUAUAUGUUGAAAAUUUCAGUCAAAUUACUUCAGAGCUAAUUGAAGUAUAGCGCAGUCUCAAUUGUCAUGGCUACCGUUAGAUAAUAAACAAAGUCUUGAUUAUCCAUUUUUAAAUUAAAUUAUUAAAUUGUCUUUUUGUUUCAAUCCGUUCAAAAUCACAUCAGAUGACAUCAAGAGUUGAUUAUAGUCUGGAUAAAUUAAUUAAUGUCUUAUUAAUAAUUUAUAUAAUAUUUGAGGCCUAAAGAAAGACCUGCAAUAGACAGACGUAGCUCAUUCAUAAUGCAGCUUUAAAUCUAUGUGUAUAUAUAUAUAACACGUUUAUCGUUAUUGAACAAAAAUUGAACAAUCUUUUAUAUUUUUGUAAAUAAUUUUUUUUUUUGAACAAAUCUACUUAAUAGACAUUAAAAGUCUUUAUUCUCUCGACGUAAAAUGUAAACCAGGGCAAAUUGUUAAUCUAAUUUUUCUUCUACAAAAUGUGAUUUGUUAUUGUAUAUAUGGGCUGAGCAGGCUGUAGCCCAGGGAAACAUACUUUAGGCCUGCUUUCCAUGUAUGCAUACUCCAAGCAAUUGCGCUCGCGUUUUCACACGCAUACAUUGUAUCACCAAUUUGUGUACAGCUUGCACGAACACUUGACAUGCUUGGGGGUUGGAUGACUGAAUGGUUAGCACGUGCGCGCUGUAUCAUAAGGUCUGUCAUUGAGUUAACUGGCGUGGUUUCGAAUCCCCAGUUGUAGGUGACAAGGAGUACGUGACAAGUGGGUUUUUUGCGGGUCCUCCGGUUUCCUCCCACUGCUAAAGACCCCUACGCUCAAGCGACUUAUCGAAAUAAAAUGACCUAGUUUGAGUCGAGUGGAUGUUAAACCCCAUUUCUCUUUCUCUCUCUCUCCCCUCCCUCUCUCUCUCCCUCUCUCUCUCUCUCUCUCUCUCUCUCUCUUGGCAUGCUUCUUCCUUGUACAAUCCUACAUCAGUUGAAGGGAGGGCUUUAGAUCUUAAAGUCUGUCAUUGAGUCAUGUGGUGUGGUUUGGAUUUCCCGCAUGUAAGUGACAAGGAAUAGGGUAGGCUCUCCAUCUUCGUGGGUUUGCUGUGGGUCGUCCGUGUCCUCCCUCUCCUUGUGGGUUUGCUGUUGGUCAUUAUUCUUGUAUAAUAUCCAUUGUUUGUCUGUCUAUAACGUCACAGGUGGCAGAAUGGUUAGCACGUGCCAUUGUAUUAUAAGGUCUGUCAUUGUGGUUUAGAUUCCCUGGUUGUAGGUGACAAGGAAUAGCGUCGUUGUGGUCUGUUGAGUCGUGGUCUGUUGAAACUCGUGGGUUGUCUCUGGGUCCUCUGGUUUCCUCCCACUGCUAAUUACCCCUACGCGCAAGCAAUUUAUUGAAAUAAAAUUGAACCAUAUGUUAGUCCCGAAAUGACCUUGAUUGUGUCAAGCGGAGUUAAACUCCCAUCUCUCUCUCUCUCUCACAUAUACCAACCAUGUCUUAUCUCUAUACAAAGACUUCUUGAUGUUUUUUUUUUUUUAUAAAUUAAUACAAUAUUGCUUCUUUAAGAACAAAUUCUCUCUUAUUUGAUUUGAUCAAGUUUGUAUUUUAUCUCCAAGAGAAACUGUAUUGUUUAUAAAUAUGUACAUUGAUGUACAUAUAUUAUAUAGAAAGAAAUCCCUUUUCUCACAGACUUUAACAUUCAUUUAAUUUGUGAGGAAAAUAAUGGAUUGGGCUGACUGGGAUAUGAUUAGCAUAGAGUAAUAUAUCUAGUGAGUCUAAGUAUUUGCAUCACAUUUGUCAAUAUCUGUCAUUUUUGUUCAUUCCAUUAUUUUUUACCCGUUUUUCAAAUUUCAUGUAUUUUUCAAGUUUAUCAUAUUGUAUAUGUUGCUAUUUCUGUUUUUCAUCUCCAUUCAAUUAAAAUGUAAAUCACCAGCGUUACAGUUAAUUAUUAUUAUUACCAUAGAUUUAUAUAGCGCCCUUUUCAUAAAAAUGUUCAAGGGCGCUUUACAAUAAAAUGAUUAUUAGUAUAAAUACAUAAAUAUGUAAUGUAAAAUGUAACUGUACAUCGAACAUAAAUUAGAAAACAUUAAAAUAAAGAUAAGCCUAGGCCUAGAAGAAGUCUAAAUAAAUAUGAUAUAGAUAUAAAACAAUUAUUUAAAAGCAAUCUAUACUAAUAUUUGUGACUGUGGUUUGUCUGUCUGUUCGGGGUUGGCUGCUACACUAGGUCUGCCCCGAGUCUGAAAUUCGGGGUAUAGGGGUAGCUCGGACCGGGGAGUAACAUAGGCCAGGUGGCGUUAGUCUACCACUUCCGGUUUUGGGGUUAUGACCCCCGAGCGAAGCCGGGCAUUCUUCUAGUAUUAAAUAAAUAUGUCUUCAAGCGUGUUUUAAAAAUAGAUAAUGAAGCGCUGCUUCUGAUAAAAUAAUGGAUCUUAUUCCACAGCUUAGGAGAAGCCACUGAGAAAGCCUUUUCUCCGUAUGACAAUAAACUUAGUGAAUGAGAUCCAUAAAGUUAUCUGUAUUCUAAAGAUGUUUCCAAUAUUUAUGUAAAUUAUUUUACUUUUUAAACAGAAUAUGGUACAUUACAAUGUUGAUAGUAAUGAAACCUUAAAGAUGGGUUCCCCCUACAAACUGGGUGAUUUAAUGGUAUAUAUGGACUAAAAACAUAUUCAAACUAAUUAAUUUGUCAUAAGUUUGCUUCAAAUCCUUCUCAAACAUUGUAAUUGCGAAAGAAUAUCCUGCUAUAAAAAUUUGAUCAAACCAUGUCAUGUUUACGUCACGUGACUUACCUUUCUUGGAAGCCAGAGGAGAAUUCAUUGCAUACAUCAGACGAUGUUGUCUAUAAUCGCUUACUAUUUAUUACAAAUAUCGAAUCCUAAUUAAAUUCUCGGUUUAUCUACUACCCGCGUCUUUUUCCGUCAUUUUUAUCUCAGAAAGUGUUGUACAUCUAACUCUUGAUAAAGUUUAUCAACUUGUACAUCAAGCAUUCAAUGUUCGCGUGUGACCUUUGACAUCACGUGUGCAGAAAUUCCUAAUCGUCGGGCUGUUGAUUAGGGGAACCCUUACAUUUUUGUCCUGUAUAUGCUCCAUGAGUGUUUUUCGCGGGAAUCCAGUAUUUUUCUAGUAAGAUUGGAUAUCUCUACUUUCCAUAUAUACCAAAAUUACCAUACUUUUAUUGGAAAUAACCACCUGAUAAAUACUUUACUGGGAAAUCAUCGUUAAAUACCAAAGUCACGUUUUAACUCAGUCCCUGUUUUGGCUCUGUAACUUAUUCACAUUUAUCUCUACUGAUUAAAAUCCAUGAUGCAUGUGGUAUUUGUUAAAACUGAACAAUGUUAUGAUUCAUUACUAAAGUUACCUUUAGAGUACAAGUAUUAAGGGCCCUGUUCCCCAGUAUCAUAUUGGGUAGUUACCUCCCUUUAAUUAAAUAUUUAAGUCGAUGUUACCAUAUUUUACACACGCCAUGUUUCAUUGUAAAUGUUUUCUUCAUGAACACAAUUCUUCAGUUUUUUUUUAAAUUGAAUUUCUAUGUAAAUAAAAUGAUUCAAUCUCAAA